AGUGCGUGCCUCAUGACUGCAACUGGAAACGGCUCAUUCGAUAUAAUUGAGUGCAUAAGAUUCAAUUAUAAUUUACCUAAAAAUGAUGUGUGUACAGUGAUUCAAGAUAUUAGUGAUUUUAAAAAAUAUCAGUGUUAAAGUGUAUGCUCUACAUUUUUCUGAAGGAAUAUACAACACUACAAUAACAAUAUAAGCAACACGAUUCUUGCUUAAUUUGUAAGGAAGAGAAGUGUUGGCAGUGAAGGAAUGAGAGACAACCGAAAACAACAUGAAAUGGUUAUCGCUAGGUUGGAUAUGCGUCUGCAUAUCUUGGACAUAUGGUUUAGAAACAUCCCAAUUAUUUGAUUUUUGGACAGAUUUAUUCCGACCAUUACCUCACAAUCCAAGAGAGGGAUUCAUUCCUGACUAUACGCCCUAUGAUCAGGAGGAAUUUGAUUUUAUUGUUAUCGGAGCAGGGUCGGCCGGUUGCGUUUUAGCAAACCGAUUAACUGAAAUAAACGAAUGGAAUGUGCUUCUACUGGAAGCUGGGGGCAAUGAAAAUUUCUUCUCCGAUGUUCCAAUUUUUGCCUCGUUUCUGUCUAUAACUUCUAUGAAUUGGGGUUACUCAUCGGAACCCCUACAGAAUGCAUGCAGAGAUCUUAGAAGUAACGUUUGUUUCCUACCCAGAGGUAAAGUAUUAGGAGGAAGUAGUGUUUUAAACUUUUUAAUUUACCAAAGAGGCCAUCCUGAAGACUACAAUGAUUGGGAGCGAUUAGGUAACAAAGGAUGGAGUUACUUAGACGUGCUUCCAUAUUUUAAGAAAUCAGAAAAUAUUAGAAUAGGUGAACUAAUGAAUUCCUCUUACCACGGCAAAGGAGGAUACUUAGAUAUUGACUACGCUCCAUAUAGAUCUCCGCUAGAGCAGCCUUUUAAGAAGGCCGGUGAAGAGCUAGGUUUCGAGUGGCGGGAUCCAAAUGGAGAACAGGUAAUCGGUUUUUCUAAACCACAAGCAACUAUGAGAAAAGGCAGAAGAUGCAGUACUUCCAAAGCAUUUCUAGAACCCAUUCGUUUCAGGAAAAAUUUAAAAGUUUCUAAAUAUUCUACAGUGGAAAGAAUAUUAAUUGAUCCAGUAACUAAAACAGCAUACGGAGUGGAAUUUACUAAAAGAAACAAAAGGCGGCAGGUACGAGCUCGCCGGGAGGUAAUUUUGGCAGCGGGCACCAUAGGCUCCGCCCACUUAUUGAUGUUGUCUGGUGUGGGCCCUGAAGAGCAUCUGAAGGAGUUUAAAAUUAAUUCCAUAGCAAAUCUUCCUGUGGGAUACAAUUUACAAGAUCACGUUACGUUCUCCGGUAAUGCUUUUAUGGUCAAUGAAACUAGACUAUGCGUGAACGACAUGACAGCGGCAUCGCCAUUGUCUGCCGCUGCGUAUAUGGCAGGUCGUGGGCCACUAACCUUACCAGGAGGAGCAGCAGGUCUUGCAUUCGCACGCACCAAAUACGCCUACGAUGAUCCUGCGGAAACCCGGCCUGAUAUAGAGUUAGUAAUGGGCGCAGGGUCACUGGCUGGUGACUUAUUAGGAAUAUUAAGAUCUCUAUUAGGAAUAACCGACAAGUGGUAUUCACAAGUUUAUGGGAAGAUACCAUUCUUCAUGAGGCAGAGGUCGUUUUCUAUAAAUCCAGUACUAAUUAGGCCACAAAGCGUCGGUAGACUGAUGCUAAGAAGUGCAAACCAUUCAGUGCAUCCGAGAAUCUAUCCGAAUUAUCUAGAACAUCCCAGUGAUAUGCGACGCAUGAUAGAAGGUGUUCGAUUGACACAAAAAGUGAUCGGCACCAAGGCAUUCCAGCGUUACCAGACACGAUUGCAUGAUGUUCCUUUUCCAGGCUGCGAAGACUUGAGAUUUGAUUCUAAUAAAUACUGGGAAUGUGCUAUUGCUCAAACAUCAAUUACAUUAGACCACCAGGUUGGUACGUGCAAAAUGGGUCCAGCUGGUGACCCAUCAGCUGUGGUGUCACCAAGGCUACUUGUUAACGGCGUAAAAGGUCUGAGAAUAGCCGAUGGCUCCAUAAUGCCUCGUAUUCCGGGUGCACACACUCAUGCUGCCAUAGUGAUGAUCGCUGAGAAAGCUUCUGACCUCAUUAAAGAAGAUUGGGGAAAGUUAUAGGAUACCGAAAUGUUGAUUUAUAUUCGUAUCCCUGUAAAGAUUAAUGGCAAAUAAUAAUGAUGGCCUUCUUUCUGUAAUAAUUAGUAAUGUCGCUAACCAAAAAGUAUCUUACCAAAGAAUUAUAAGUAUUAG